AAAUGAAAUACAAGCUACAAACAAACAGUGUCGGUUUAGUUUAUGUGAAACGAGACACAGCUUGUUGAAACGAUUCGACCUCUUAUCACCUUUACUGAUACAACUUGUCAUUAGGGCUUAAAUGUUUCCCCGACUUGGUUGCUCAAAAUUACUAUUUAAGCGUUUGUCCUGAACGCAGCUUGAAGGGUCAACAAAUAUGGCUGAUUAGCUUCUGUUAGCCGGUUUUAGCUUGUUCAGCUGCAGGAAACUCAUGUGACCCCAACACUCGUCCCCACAGGAUGGCUUCAUUUGGCUGGAAGAGGAAAGUCGGCGAGAAGGUGUCAAAGGCUGUGGUGCAACAGUUUGUGGCCGAGGCGGAGAAGGCUGAGAACGAUGGACCAGGUCACGAUGAUGAAGAGGAGGAGGAGGAGGUGGAGGUGGACUGGCUUCAAGCCAUCAAACGACGGCGGGAGAUCCUGCUGGAGGACUGUGCUGCGAAGAGCACGAGGCUGAAGGAUGAGGGAGCAGUGCUGGCUGAAGAGGGCAGGCACUGGGAAGCCAUUAAGAAGUGGGAUGAGGCAAUUCAGCUAACCCCGGACAACCCACUACUGUAUGAGAUGAAGUCUCAGGUACUGACCACUCUGCAGGAAGUGUUCCCAGCAGUGAAGGCUGCAGAGAUGGCCGUCAAGUUCCGCCCACUGUGGUGGGAGGGCUGGCAGACCCUGGGCCGUGCCCAGCUCAACCUGGGUGAAGUGGACCUGGCUGUGAGGUCUUUCCAGGUUGCGAUCCACCUGUGCCCGUCAGAGAGCACCUUGUGGCGAGAAGACCUGGCAUGGGCAUGGAGAUUACAGAAGCAAAAUUUAGCCACCAAGGAGAAGAUGCGGCAAGAGGAGGAGACCAAAAAUCAGAUCCUCAAUGCCCCCGAGCUUGAGCAGGACUAUGAUUUCGAGUCUGAUGAGGUGCUGGCCGCCUGUGUGGCCGUUGCUGAGCGACAGACUCGCUAUGAGGAGAUGAAGAGGACCGCGGUGGUGGUGGACUCUGAGGGGAAUAUUAAAAACGUACUCACUGGAGAAGGGGCAUCAGAGGACGAGGCCACACCAUCAAACGAACAGUUUGUCAAAGCAAGAGGACUUUAAUCUGAUCUCAGCGUGAAUCCUUCCUCCUGGUUUCAGUUUUCAUUUUAGUUUUGGCCCCGAAUUGGAUUAUUCCUUAAACUGCUCUGGGUGUGUGAAGCUGUAACAAAAAGGGCAACAAGAGAACUCACAAAUUCUGUUGAAAGGGUUAUGCAAUAAAUAAUUGACAACUGUGAUCCCCUGUUUUACAUUUUCCAUUUUGUUGGUGUUCAAUAUGCAUGUCAGGUUUUUACAUGCACACACAAAGAUUUUUAGCAUCCAUCCAUCAUUUAACAACAGGCAUCGACUCACAUGUUGCAAAGAUGCAUUGAGACACAAACUUGAACAUCUGUUUUGUCUUAAUGCCGACAUUUAUUAUAAAAUAAACAGUGUUUCUACCAAGUAGCACAAUAGCUGCUAAUGUUCUCUGUGGUAACUUUAGAUCCUACUUUAUGAUGCAGAAAAUAUCGGAUGUCUCUGUUGCUUUUUAAGAAAAUAAAAGCAGGAUUUCAAAGAACGCUUGGCUAAAAUUGGCAGCCAUUUCAUUUCACUGUUGAAAACUCGGAAAAUGUCUAGAUGAAGGCCUUUUUUAGACAAGUUGCAUCAAUCGUGCAUCAAAUGUGAAAAGUGUAUGUGAAACAGCUAGGUUGCUUAAAAAGAGCAUACAGAACAUGCUCAACAAAUUGUCAGUGAGUGAAUAAAUAACAAACGUGUCAUA